AUGUCGGAGAGCUCCUCUCAAUCGUCUUUUGAGUCUCCAUCGGAGGGCGAGCAUCAAGAACCCGAUCUAGCGAACACGGGGUAUUCUUCUAGCGAAUCCGCUCCAGAGAUUGGGCCAGCGCCCGGCUUGUACGCCCCAUCUCUUGUGCAGCAGAUCAUCUCCCAGGAUGAUAGUUUGCAGAAUAUCGUUCAUCGUUUGAUGAACCCCCCUCAGUGGCUGUACAGUCCAGACGGUGCGACGGUGACACUUCGGAUCAACUGGGCAGUGGGUGUAGUAGGAGUGGAGCAUUUUGAUUAUGUCGAAGAUCCGGACACGGACCGCCACUCUCUGUGCCUCGACAGCGAGUUGGCCACCAACGGCCUGGAGCUGGGAUUAUCAGAAGUGGUUCUCGCGUGGUUGAAAGAUGGAGAAGACAACCUAGUUCUACCAGCAACCCACUUCCGAUCAGCAACUAGUAAGCAAGCAAUUCCUCGUUCCGGUCUCCACCACCCACUUCCAACCAGCUUUUGUAGCGUAAUCGGGCUUUUCAUACCUAAUUUGGCGUUCAGGGAGAUAACCAAGUUAGACAAAACCAAGGCUUCCGGUGGUCGCAAGAUCAGCCUGUACUCAACGCCACUCUUGAACGAACAAUAA